AUGGAUUCGAAUAACCAAACAUCUCAAGAUUAUUCUGACUUAUCAACGUAUCAAACUGUAAAUAGCUCCACACCUUUGCAUAAUAAUAAUAACAAUGACCAACAAACUUCCAUUAACAACUCAGGAAUACCUAAUACCUUCAUUAUUAAUACUUUGACUCCCACACUUCAAAACGAUACAUUUGAAUUUUACUUUCCUUUACAAAAUGAUACACGCAUUUAUUACGUUACAUAUACUGAACUACAUCCAUUAGAAAAUGCGCGACUUUUGAAUAAUAACAUUAAUUUAUCUCGUAUUCCUGACCAUCAGCUUCCACAUCAUUAUGAUAUUCAAUCUUUGAUUCGACAACUGAUUCAGCAACAAGUCCAACAACCCGUUUAUCAACAAAAUUAUGCUCAACAACAAUUUAUUGAUACUACAAUUCAACCUACUUCUCAAGUACAUUCAGAUUAUAAUGCUUAUAAUGCAGCUUCAAAUUCAGUAAGCAGAACUGUUUCUGAUAAUACUCAAGAUACAGAAUUUCAGAAUUCUUACUAA